CCGUAUGCCGCGCAUGCGCGUACUUACAUUGUUGCAUUAAGGAAUGGUCGCGCCGAAAAGAAUUAGAGCAUCUUGUAAUUUCUUUCGAAAAACCACUGUAAUCGCCGCCAUUUUAGUAUAUAUUAUAAACGAAGUAUAUUAAAUAGAAGUUUGAAAGUGCACAAAGAGGAUUGUGGAAGCCAUCCUCGGGACAGAGAGCGAGGGACAGGGGCCGCCAUGAAGCUGACUGACAAUGUGCUGCGGAGCUUCAGGGUGGCGAAGGUUUUCCGGGAGAACACGGACAAGAUCAACUGCUUUGAUUUCAGCUCCAACGGAGAGUCGAUCAUUUCGAGCAGCGACGACGAUUCGCUCGUCUUAUACGACUGCCAAGAGGGCAAACCCAAGAGGACCCUCUACAGUAAAAAGUACGGUGUGGAUUUGAUCAGGUACACACAUGCAGCCAACACGGUGGUCUACAGUUCCAACAAAAUCGAUGAUACAAUCAGAUAUUUGUCACUUCAUGACAAUAAAUAUAUACGCUACUUCCCUGGGCACAGUAAAAGAGUGACCUCCCUCUCCAUGUCUCCUGUGGAUGACACCUUCAUUUCAGGAUCAGUGGAUAAAACCAUAAGACUGUGGGAUCUGCGCUCUCCUAAUUGUCAGGGUCUCAUGCACCUCCAAGGGAAGCCGGUCUGCUCAUUCGAUCCCGAGGGUCUCAUUUUCGCAGCGGGCAUCAAUUCGGAAAUGGUAAAGCUUUACGACCUGCGGUCGUUCGACAAGGGUCCCUUCGCCACCUUCAAGCUGCAGUACGACAGGACGUGCGAGUGGACGGGACUUAAGUUCAGCAACGACGGCAAACUCAUCCUCCUGUCCACGAACGGCUGCGCACUCCGCAUUUUGGACGCCUUUAAAGGGGCCGUGCUGCAUUCCUUCGGGGGAUACAACAACAACAAAGGUGUGACGCUGGAGGCCUCGUUCACGCCCGACUCGCAGUUUGUCGUCAUCGGCUCCGAGGACGGCAAGAUCCACGUGUGGAACGCUGAAAGUGGCAUGAAAGUGGCCAUGCUUGAUGGCAAGCACACAGGGCCCAUCACGUGCCUCCAGUUUAACCCCAAAUUCAUGACGUUCGCUAGCGCCUGUUCCAAUAUGGCAUUCUGGCUUCCCACCAUCGAUGACUGAAGUGCACAUGGAGGCCAGCAGGGGGCGACACUGUAUCUUCUGUGUUUGUCAGGAAAUAAAUUGUAAAUAUGUGGUGUGCAGAACUUGAGUAUGUGUCUAUUUGGUGUUUUAUAUAUUUUUUUAUUCAACAUUAAAAAC